AUGCGGAUACCACAGUCCUAUAUUCAGAAAUGCAAGGCCACGGCACAUGGUUUCCAGGCUAUACUCGUUUUCAUAGCAGCAUGUCUCACGAUUGCCGUCAUGAUCAAGGACGGGUCAACAGGAGGACCGACUAAGUUUUAUCUUGCUAUGUGCUUCGUAUCCAUUCCCGCGAUAAUCUACCUAGUAAUGGUGCCGAUGUGGUCUCGCGCGCAGCGCUUCGGAAACGCAUAUGCCUUUCUUGCAGUCGAUGCGCUGUAUACAAUGCUCUGGUUUGCAGCCUUUGUAGCAGUUGCCGUGUGGAACAGCCAUGGCAUCAAGGAGGGUGCGAAAGAGAAGAAGGUAUCCGAUAACGAGCGAAACUGCACCACAUUCAAGUAUGGGAGUGAGAGCAAGUGCAAAGUUAGUAAAGCGGCUGUAGGAAUUGGCAGUCUGUUAUUCCUAUUCUUCGCCAUUACAACGGCAGUAAGCUCCUACUACCUCCUAAAGUUCCUCCGCGAAGGCGUCCUCCCCUACGAAUCUUCUGCGCCAAACCCACACCACAUCUCCGGUGAAACAUCAAAAGAUAACGCAUGGUCCGCCGAGAUCGAACCUGGGCACCGCGAUUCUAUAGACUCCGUAGACCGACUCACGGAACACGGCGGCAACCAACAAGAAGACGAGUACGCACUGUUGAACUCGACGGAAACGGAUGAGGGCAGACAUCCAGGUAGACCACUCAGUUGGGGGGAGGACAGAACGGGAUAUGGAAGACCUAUGCCGUCAUACGCAGAUUAUAGAGAUGGGCCGCGGCCUGGGGCGGGCGACGCCUUAAGUCCAGGCGGAUAUGAAGAGUAUAGGCAAGCAGCUGGCUCUCCUGGAGUCGGCGGAGAAAAUAAGCAGACGAGCCAAUCGGGAAGUGGGUAUAGUUUCAGCGGUGGGGGAGUGAGAUGA